AUCUGCAGUUUCUACAGACAUUGUGAUUCACCAAUCAAACACCGGACUCUGAAUGAGGCGAUUUCCUGUACCAGCUUCAGAUUUCAGAGGCAGCAGAGGUUGUAAGGCUAUAUAAACAUGGUGAAGAUAUUCAUUGGGAAUCUCGCUCAGGAAGCAGACAAGGAGGAAAUUCAGGCUCUCUUUGCAGAAUAUGGCACAGUGACAGAAUGUGCCAAGUACAAGAACUAUGCCUUUGUCCAUAUGGAUGACCGCAAGUCUGCCACCAAAGCCAUACGGACCCUGCACCUUCAUAAACUGCAUGGUCGACCAAUAAAUGUGGAGCCUAGUCGAGGAAAGAACCAAGCCCCAGUCAAACUUCAUGUGGCAAAUGUAGAGAAAGGCUUUGAUGAUGAGCUCCGUGCGCUGUUCGAAGAGUAUGGCACAGUCACAGAGUGCGCUAUCGUCAAAAACUUUGCAUUUGUCCACAUGUCCAACUCCGAUGAGGCAAUGGAUGCCAUAAAGGGCUUGGACAAUGCUGAAUUUCAAGGCAAACGGAUUCAUGUACAGAUAUCAAAAAGUCGACCCCGAGGCGAAGAAGAAGACUACCCACCUCCUCCAGACAGAGCAGGUUACUGGCCCCUCCAUUACCCAGGGGAGAGGCCUGAGCCCCCAUUCAGAGGCCGCCUUGGCUACCCUGCUCCUCCUCCCCCACCGCCCCCUCCCCUUAGACGGGCCAUAUAUCCAGAGCGAGCCUACGAACGCGAGAGAGAUGGUGGCUACGGGGUGGUGGAUUACUACGAGAAGUACAGAGCUCGCCCUUACGGCCUACCGUCCUAUGAAGAUAGGCGUAUGGGAUCCAUCCCACCUCCACCACCUCCUGCCUCCGCCCUGGUCAGGGAGCGCCUCGCCGCGUCCUCUCCCCUCGACCCGUACGAGCGUCGCCCCAUCCCCCCUCCCCCUCCGUCUUCGUACUACGCCCGGGACCGUAGUCCCAUCAGGAGAGCCCUUCCUCCCCCUGUUCCCUCAGCUGGUAAUGGCUACGCGUACGAGCGCUCCCGACUCUCCCCGGCGCCGAUGUACGGCCCUCCUCGCCCCAGGGACCCCUACGCGGACAGGGUGCCUCCGCCUCCACCGCGCUACUCCUACUAGACAGACUUACGGGUGUUUGUGUAAUUCAAGGUUUAGAAUAUCUGACAAGAUCGUCGUUGUCUCCUGAUGCACGUGGCGCUAUACCCCUUCUCUCGUCAGUGGCGGAUUGCGUUGCGCUCGCCUGAGACUUACUGGAAGAUACUGUAUUGCUUAAACCGUACUUAAAAAGACAAACGCUUUUAUGUCUUCGGUUUCGUCCUUUUGCUUUAACUGGUUUGCCUUCUUGUUCUGCAUUUUCUUGUUCAGGUUCUUUAACUGUUUGGAGUUUAGGGUUAUGGCUGAUGUAAAGACUAUUUUUAAUUUGAGAGAAUACUGUUAACGACCAUAAAACACAAUGGCUUUCCUAAUUUCCCUUCUUUUAAAUUGGGUAAAACUUAUUCCGCUGUGACAUGUACAAGAUAAUCGUUAAACAGUGUGUAAUAUGAUAUACAAAAUGGGAAACAAAAAAUUGCGUUAGAGAAAUACAACACACAAUGACUUGUGUAAUCAAUCUAACAAUGUUAGUGGUGUAGCAGCGUUUUCAUUUGUCGCAAGUUGGUUGUGGACGGUGUCUGCCGAUAUUUAAGAUUUGCGACGCAAUGUAAGCACAGCUAUUAAACCAAACCACAAGUGUGAUUUCCUUUGUCAAAUUGUGUUAAAUAAUCUUGCGCAAAUAGAUGCCCUAAAGCGUUUAUGUAUGAUUUUCUUUUCUUUACAUAUUGCUUUUGAUUUUCACAUUUUUAAUAAACAGAUCUGAUCUGAA